AGAUUCGGAAGCCGGGGAUUCGCUGCACGCGCUUGCCAUGAAAUGCGGGGCGCUCGCCGAUGAGUCCCUCGGACCAUCCUUCAUCUCAAUGUAUGCCGCGUUCGAAAACCUUUCCUCGUCUAGGUUGCUCUUUGAUCUGCAGCCCGGAAAGGAUCUGGCAUCUUACAACUCCAUGAUCUCAGCGUACAUGCAGCAUGACAAGUGGGAGGAAUCGUUUGAGGUCUUCAGGUUGAUGCGCCGCGCAGGGCUUGGGCCUAAUUUGGUUACAGUGGUAUCUGUGCUUCCAACUUGCAGUGAUUUUUUGGGGGUAAACCUCGGUGACUCUGUGCAUGGCAUGGUUAUCAAGUUCGGCCUCGCAGAGCAGCUUUCUGUUGUCAGUGCUCUUGUUUCAAUGUAUUCUAAACUUGGCGAACUAGAUUCAGCUGUGCAACUUUUCUGCACUUGUACCGAAAAGAGCGGUCUCUUGUGGAACUCCAUGAUUUCUGGGUACCUUGUGAACGGCAAAUGGGGCAUGGCUCUUGAUACAUUCUGCAGGAUGCAAACUGAAGGUGUUGCACCCGAUGCGACAACUGUCGUUAAGGUGAUCUCCGUAUGCAGGCACAUAAAAGAUUUACGUAUGGCCAAGUCUAUCCAUGCAUAUGCUGUUAGAAACAGAUUUGAACUGAACCAGGGCGUGAUGAAUGCACUCCUUGCUAUGUACGCUGACUGUGGAGAGCUCUCAAGUUCAUGUAAGUUAUUUCAGAAAAUGGAAGUACGCAUGUUAAUAUCUUGGAACACGAUAAUAUCUGGUUAUGCUGAAAUUGGAGAGACCGAGGCUUCUGUAAGACUGUUCCGCCAGAUGCGCCAAUCAGGCCUGCAAUUCGAUGUAGUAACCCUGAUUGGCCUUAUCAGCGGUAUUUCUGUGGUUGAGGACGCCGCAAUUGGAGAAUCACUUCAUUCGUUGGCAGUUAAAAGCGGAUGCAAUGCGGACGUUUCUCUUGCAAAUACCCUUAUUACCAUGUACAGCAACUGUGGUUCUGUUGAGGCAUGUCAGCAACUCUUUGACAGCUUGUCUUCUAGGAACACAAUCUCCUACAAUGUCCUGAUGACUGGAUACCGUAAAAACAACCUAUCUGAAGAGAUAGUGCCUUUGUUUCACCAAAUGGUCAAGAAUGAACAGGAGCCAAAUCAUAUUACAUUACUGAAUUUAUUGCCUGCUUGUCAGAGCCAGUCCCAAGGAAAGUCUGUUCACAGCUAUGCAAUUCGGAAUUUUUUUGGGUUGGAAACAUCUAUCAUCACGUCAGCCAUUUGUAUGUAUAGUAGGUUCAGCAAUGUAGAUUACAGUUGCAAACUUUUUAAUUCGGUUGGUGAAAAGAACAUCAUAGUAUGGAAUUGCAUCUUAUCGGCCUUUGUUCAGUGCAGGCUGGCUGAUAAUGCAUUUGAUUUCUUCAGGCAGAUGCGCUUCCUUAAUGUAAAACCUGAUGCAGUAACUAUGUUGGCACUCCUAUCAGCAUGUUCGCAGAUUGGAAAUGCAGAUUUGGCAGGAUGUGUUACAGCUCUCAUACUACAGAGCGGAUUUGGUGGAACCCUUACGGUCGUCAAUGCUCUCAUUGACACGCAUUCAAGGUGCGGAAGCAUAUCAUUUGCAAGAGAGCUCUUUGAUAGCUCAGUGGCAAAAGACUCCGUCACUUGGAGCUCAAUGAUCAACUCAUACACUUUACAUGGGGAUGGCAAGUCUGCCCUUGAAAUUUUAUCGAUGAUGAUAGGCUCAGGAGUAGAGCCAGAUGACAUAACUUUUGUUAGUAUCUUGUCAGCUUGUAGUCAUAGUGGCCUUGUAGAUCAAGCAAGAGCAUUGUUCAAAUCACUACAGAUAGACUACUGCAUCACACCAAGGAUGGAACAUUAUGCAUGCAUGGUGGAUCUACUGGGUCGGACUGGCCACCUGGAUGAAGCCUAUGAUAUUGUUAGGUCAAUGCCGUUUAGGCCAUCAGAAAGUUUGCUCGAGUCAUUGCUUGGAGCCUGUAGAUUCCAUGGAAAUUCUAAAGUUGGUGAGGCCGUGGGGAAACUGCUCAUUGAUUCUUGCCACAGUAAAUCACGAUCUUAUGUCAUGCUUUCUAACAUCUAUGCUUCAGCUGGUAAAUGGAAUGACUAUGAGUGGCUACGGUUAAAUAUGGAAGCAAAAGGACUGAGAAAAGAUGUUGGAAUCAGCUCCAUUGAGUAACCCUGAUAUUUGGUCAAACACUGGGCAUUACAAUUUUGGGAAAUGUGCUAAAACCCUCCUCAAGUCUAAGUUGAUGCUUGUUUAAUGGGAGGGAUCAUUUUUGUAACAUAAGAAAAUGUUCAAAUUCAUUCUUCCAUUGAUAAAUCUUUUGGAGUAGCUAGUUAUUGCACAAAGCUUGAAAUAUUUCCGUCUUAGUGCAUUAUAUUCUUGAAGGAAGAUUGUGUUCAUUGAAAUGGUAAGCACUCCACAGCUGUUGCAUUGCUGUUAUGCUGAUAUCUUAAAGAAUUUCUUGGUCUGAUUUGGAGAAGAUUAUGGACAAGCUAGGUCAACAGAAUCUCAAUGAAAUCUGUAUUCCAACAAAUUCGAGUAUCAGAUGAUUACAACAAAGAUCUCCUGAGAAUUGAGCAACCAAUUACAGAUUUUAUACUAUGUAUAAGGAUGCCCAUGUGAAGACUUCACUUUACCAAACAGGGAAUGUACAUUUUUCUUCCUGAAAAGGUGUCUCACUUUUAAUGUGAUGAAAGAAGCCUUGCACUAAAUAUUUUGUGGCACUGAUCUAUUAAGAAAGGGCUAAUGUUCCUUGAGUCAGUUAUAUUAUCCGUUUUUUGCUUCCAAAGAAAGAAAGAACAUUUGGGUCAUCGCGGACACUGAAAGAGUUGGGGUAGAAUCAUAAGAACGUCCAGAAUUGACUUUUUUUACCAGGCAGAGUUGACUUCCAGACGGUCCACCACAUUUAUACGCAGUAAAGAUUGUUCUCUAAUAACCACUCACAGGAUGCUUGACAUACCUGUGCAUAUGGUGGCUAUGCACAGCUUCAACUCUUUCAAUCCUUCCUCCACUCUCUUCUCUCUAAUAUCUGCGAAAACUGCCCCUCUCUCCCCUAGCUCUAGUCUCCUCCCUUUGUUUUGAAG